UCCAACUUCAGAGUCGAACGCGUAUUUCAGACGAGCGGGUGGCCGAAAAGAAGAAGCAGUGAAUCGAGCCGAGAUACUGAAGCUUGCAACACACCAAAAACACACACACUCGGACACGGCACACACACACACUUACGGCGGAGUUGAAAUCGAACGCGGAGAACACUGAGCGAAACGGGCGAUAAAAGUGAUAAAGGCUGCUAACUGGAGUUGGAGUUUGAUUCAUUGAUCGACGAAUCGAAGCAAUGCGUCUCGACACGAACUCAAAUGUGGACUUCAAAGCAUUCGAAUCCAGCUCUAGCCCAUCUCUCAUCAAAUUGGAUAAUCUGGCCACCUGGGGUGGCUCACAGAAAACAGACACACGACUGCCGAUCACGGACUAUUCCAAUCUGGGGGGACCCCGGCACAAUCGCAGCCCAUUCCCCCUGUCCAAAGAUGUCAACAAUCGCUUUGUAAUAUGGGAUGGUGAUAUGACCACACUGGAUGUGGACGCCAUCACAAACACCAGCGAUGAGACUCUGACUGAAAGCAAUAGCAUAUCGGAGCGCAUCUUCGCCGUGGCUGGCAACCAGCUGCGAGAGGAGCUUAGCACUACUGUUAAGGAAUGCCGCACUGGGGAUGUGCGCAUCACGCGUGGAUACAAUCUGCCCGCCAAGUAUGUGCUCCAUACGGUGGCACCUGCCUACAGGGAAAAGUUCAAGACGGCCGCCGAGAACACGCUACACUGCUGCUACAGAAAUGUCCUGUGCAAGGCGAAGGAACUGAACCUGCACACCAUCGCCCUUUGCAACAUCAGUGCCCACCAGAAGAGCUUUCCAGCGGAUGUUGCAGCUCAUAUUGCCCUGCGUACAAUCCGUCGCUAUCUGGACAAGUGCACCCUGCAGGUUGUGAUAUUGUGCGUGGGCAGCAGCGAGCGUGGCACCUACGAGGUCCUGGCUCCACUGUACUUCCCGAGGGACCAGCUGGAGGAGCGCAGUGCCCUGUGGCAGCUGCCCAAGGAUAUUGGCGGGGAGUUCGGAGAGCCCCAACAUCCGGAUCCCGACCGCCAGAUACGCAUUAUCCGCAAUCCCCAGCACAGUGUCCACAUGCGUCAUCGUCUGGCCGACGACGAUUCAGACGUUAGUCCACACGAUAUGGAGGGCAAUAGCUCGGAUCUUGAGAGCGGAGCUCGGGAUAUGAACGGUCUUAGCCUGAAUUCGUACAGCAGCGGUUUGCAGGCUCAGCUUCAGCUCGAUUUGGACCGGCAGCACCUGCUCAGCGAUCGCCCGCGCACUGGAGUUUACGAGAACGUCAUAUCCGAGGGCGUCGAGGGGAUUGAGCACCAGGAAAGAUACGAACGCCUUUUGCGUCGCGCUCAAGUCGAGGACUUGACGGAGGUCUCGGGCAUCGGUUGUCUUUACCAGAGCGGCGUGGACCGCCUGGGUCGGCCUGUGAUUGUGUUCUGCGGCAAAUGGUUCCCCGCCCAGAACAUCGACCUUGAGAAGGCCUUGCUAUAUCUUAUUAAGCUACUGGAUCCCAUCGUUAAAGGAGACUAUGUCAUCUCGUACUUCCACACGCUGACAUCCACAAACAACUAUCCAUCGCUGCACUGGCUGCGUGAGGUCUACAGUGUGUUGCCUUACAAAUACAAGAAGAACCUGAAGGCCUUCUACAUAGUGCACCCCACUUUCUGGACUAAGAUGAUGACCUGGUGGUUCACCACGUUCAUGGCGCCAGCCAUCAAGGCCAAAGUGCAUUCUCUGCCGGGUGUAGAACACCUGUAUUCGGCCAUCACAAAGGAUCAGCUGGAAAUUCCCGCCUACAUCACCGAGUACGACAUGGCGACCAAUGGCCUGCAUUACUUCAAUCCUGUGCCGACUGCAUCGUAGAUGGCGGCCAUUGUUGCUGUCUAGGACAGCGGGCAGCCACCAUAGCAUAUACAUACCUAUAUAUAGAUACACACACACAAUUGUGAAGUUUUUAUAGAUUUUAUAGAACGUAUUUUGUUUUCUUGAUAAGUAAUAUUUGUUUACUUGCGCAUAACUUUCGAUGUUGUCGUUUAUCGAUUGACUUGCCGCAAGUUUUGUUGAACAUUGUGUAGCAUACUUUUAUGGGAAUGGCCGAGUCGCCCGAUCCCUCGAUACCAAUUAGCUAAAAAACAUAAAUCGGCAGCCCCCAAAACAACCAGAUAAUUGUGUAAAACAUUCUUAUGAAGUGCAUGGAAAUUAGUUAAUUAGUUGGCAUCGGCAGAACAAAAACCUUGUUAAUUCGCUAUAAAUAGAAGUUGAACUAUUGGUAGGAGAUGGAUAGGGUGGAUGGGAGGACUCGUUAACGAGAUAGGUAACCAAAAUAAACCAAAAAUAAAACACGUUAGCAAUGCUGAACAAAAUGAAAUUUGAUUAGAGAACCUGCAUAUACGGAUAUACAAGAUUAUUCUAAAUAUUAAAUUGAUAAAUUGUACUUGAUUACGGAAGGGAAAAGUAUAUAGAAGUGAAUAAGUAUACAUAUUGUUAGUUAUCUUUGCAAUUACAAAUUGUAUUAUUAAUGUAUUAAUACUAGAGCUAAAGCGUAUGCAGUUUGAUCCCCCGAUAUAUACACACAUACACAUACAUACGUACUAUAAUUCAAUUGUAUUUAUACAUAACUAUAUAUACUAAAUAUACACAACUAAUAAAUUAAAACCAAAACCAAAACACGGAGGAGAAAUCGAAUUGUAGAAGAGUAUAUGAUGAGGCAGCGAAGAGCCUGCAAAAAACCUUUUGUAGAUACUAACUAGAGCUCACCGUAAGGCCCUCCCAGCAAUCGAAACACCAAUAAAGAACCUAACGAACCCAAAAAUGAA